AUGUCUCAACUUUCAUCAGGAAUCUGUCGUCGGCUCAAUGAGGCUCCUCAGGACGAGAUAGACCAGCUUGCUUCUGGCCAUACCGUGCAACUGCUUUCUAUUAAGAAAGUGGCCCCCACACCAAGCUCAACAACCGCAACCGACAGGUAUCGCAUUAUCAUUUCCGAUGGCGUCCACUUUGUCCAAGCGAUGUUAGCUACUCAGCUGAAUGAUCUCGUAACGACGGGAGACAUAAACAAAAACACUGUCGUCAUCAUUGACAAGCUGGCCUGUAAUUUCGUGCAGGACAAAAGAUUGAUCAUUAUUCUUGACCUCCACGUUGUAUCACGGAAUGAAGAGAAAAUCGGGGCUCCUACUGCCCCUCCUUCCACCUCCGACGCCCCUGCCCCAGCUGUCGCACAGGCUGCAUCCUCAUCCGUUGCUUCACCGAUAACUUCUUCCUCUACUGCUCAGGCGAAGCAGCCCCAGCCCCGCACCGGCCCAUCCGGCAGAGGGGGCAGGUCAGUGUACCCCAUUGAAGGCCUUAGUCCUUACCAGAACAAUUGGACCAUCAAAGCUCGAGUCACCCAAAAAUCUGAUAUCAGGACUUGGUCAAAUCAACGUGGAGAGGGGAAACUUUUCAAUGUCACACUAAUGGACGAAUCCGGCGAGAUUCGUGGUACCGGUUUUAAUACAGUUGUCGACGAACUAUACGAAAAGUUCGAGGAAGGCAAAGUCUAUUACAUUUCCAAAGCUCGAGUGAAUCUCGCAAAGAAGAAAUUCUCGAAUCUUCAGAAUGAUUACGAGUUGAGCCUUGAGAAGAACACCGAAGUUGAAGAGUGCCUGGAGGCCGCUAGUGUGCCUAUGAUGAAGUAUAACUUCGUGUCAUUGUCUUCCUUGGAAGAAUUACAGAAGGACCAUACUUGCGAUGUUAUUGGAGUUGUCAAAGAAGUUGGCCCCCUCAGCGAAAUCACAUCGAAAGCGACGAACAGGACAAUUCCGAAACGUGAUUUGACCAUUGUCGACACAUCGCAAUUCUCUGUUCGCUUGACAUUGUGGGGAAAACAAGCAGAACAGUUCGCGGCCGACGAUCUUCCUGUCGUUGCGUUCAAAGGCGUUAAAGUUGGUGACUUUGGAGGUCGCACUCUCUCCAUGGUCAGCUCAAGCAUCAUGUCAAUAUCGCCUGAUAUCGAAGAAGCACAUUUGCUACGGGGAUGGUACGAUGGUAUCGGUACUGAAAAAACAUUCCAGUCGCAUACGAGUGCUUCAUCCGGUGCCUCCUUUGGUGGUUUCAAUCGCAAUGAGAUGCGCCAUCUUAGCGACGUUAAAGAGUCGCAACUCGGCAUGUCCGACAAGGCAGAGUUCUUUUCCACUCGCGCCACCAUUAUGCACAUCAAGAGCGAAAGCAUAUCUUAUCCUGCCUGUCCCACUCAAGGUUGCAGCAAAAAGGUCGUUGAGGUAGGCGACGGAUGGAGGUGCGAAAAAUGCGACAAAUCUUUCGAACGACCGGAACAUCGAUAUAUCAUGUCGAUGGCAGUGGCCGAUUGGUCGGGUCAGGCGUGGUUGCAGGGCUUCAACGACGCUGGUCUAGUCGUUUUCGGGAAGACCGCAGAUGAAGUUCUUGAAGCCAAGGAACGUAACGAAGCAGAGUACAACGCUAUCAUGGCACAGGCCAGUGGCGUCACAUUCAAUUUCAGUUGCCGUGCAAAGCAGGACACAUACAACGACACAACUCGUGUCCGCUACGGGAUAUCGAGAAUCACUGCUCUCGAUUAUCGUGAGGAAGCCAAGCAUCUCGUUGACCUUCUCAAAUCUUCAUGGGCUCAAUGA